CGUCACCCCAUUGAAAUGACGUAUUUUGUAGCAAGUUGACGAUAAAGCGGCGGUUCUACGUGUCUCCCUCGGCAAACUAACCUCAGACUACAUCCUUCUUCUCGCUUAUUUUAAUGUCCUCUCAGCGUUAACGUGAAGCCAUCACCAGCAGAAGGAAGCAGUGAGGCCUUGAAGAGCCGACGGCGCAUUUCCUCAACCUAGCAGUUUGCCUCAAUGGGACUGAUGAAGACACUGAAAACUGAUACCAACAGGCUGGCCUAACAGCGCACCUGUUGACCACACGUAGAAUGCAGUUCCAGAUUGUCCACGAUGUGUUGGGUCCAGACGGGAACGGCGGAUACCAGCAUGUCUGUCGCUUGGCCACCGCCCUUGUUGCGCUGCGGCACCGAAUGUUUGUGCAGCCUCGGCAGGAGAGGCAUAUUAUCGAACUUUGGCAAAAGCUGACAGACGUAGACAAAGCUCCUCUCAGCCUUCCCCCCCGCCACGCUCCCAAGCUGAACAAGGGACGCUUCAAGGUCUCCAGGCAGCACCACUUGGAAGGGGUGGCCAGUGUAAAACGUUUGUACAUCGGGCGGGGCGCCGAGGUUGCGCACUCUCCGGACACGAGCAGGUUGAUGGAGGCCGUCUUUAUUCAGCUGUCGAGCCACCACAGCCAAGAGCACAUCAUUUCGGGGUUCCGGCAGAGCCGAUGGUCGCUGAUAAUGCGGGACUACACGCGCAUUCGCGAGAACCUGUCCAGCAACCAGGCCAUCAAAGCUGCUGGCUGCAGCAUUCGCCUCUUGGAGGUCAACCACCGCACGCUCACUCUAUGGUUCAACAAGCGGUGUAAGGACAUGGCCAAGGCUGAUGUUGUUGCGACGGUGCCAGCACAAAGUGGAGCAGCGACGACAACACAGUCCCUUCCUGCAGCCAGGGAACUGAUGGAAGACAUCGCACAACCCCAUGAUGCACACGAUUAUCAGCACCCAGCUGACACCUCUGGCCUGGCUUGCACACGGAGGGGGCCUGUGGUGCCAGAGCUCUACCGUGCUGUUGUUGCUGCUGCUGCUGCUGCUCCUCCAUCAUCAUCAUCAUCCGCUGCUGCUCCUCCAUCAUCAUCAUCAUCCGCUGCAGCUGCUCUUCCUCCUCCUCCUCCUCCUCCUCCUCCAUCAUCCUCUGCUGCUGCUGCUCCUCCUCCAUUGGGCUCCACCACCAGGGUACCACGCUCAACUGCUUGGUAUCGGAAAAAGAAGGCACUCAGCUUAGGUGGUAUUAUGGACAUCAACGACCUCAAGCGAACCGAGACAUUCAAGUGCAAACUCUGUGGGCAACCAAAGAAUAAAGAACAUGGCCACAGUCGCUACAGAAACGAGACCUUUUGCGCACGUUCGCAGGGGCGUUCGGUGGAGGAGUGGCUGGCUGAGAAGAGGAGCCAGGACACCCAAAGACAGAGGCAGACCCAGCACACAAGAGCAACCCAGCCACUUGCCAACCCACAGACCCCUGUGCCCAACCCACAGACCCCUGUGCCCAACCCACAGACCCCUGUGCCCAACCCACAGACCCCUGUGCCCAACCCACAGACCCCUGUGCCCAACCCACAGACCCCUGUGCCCAACCCAUACGCCCAUUCAGUGCUGCUGCGGAAGAUUUUACCAAAGCCACCUCCGUAACCUUAAUUGGCCCUCUGUUUUUUGCAUUGUUCCUUUUCUACUGCUUUUGCAUUGUAUAGUUUUGUUAUUUAUAGUUUUGUUAUUGUAUAUUGUCUGUGUUAUAUUGUCUAUGUUUGCUCUGUGAAUUAAACAUGUGAUUUUAA